AUGCGCUCGUGUGAUGCCAAGAAGCGCGCUUCGUUCAAAGUCUGGGCGCGUCUUCUCGCCAACCUCACGGCCUACAUCUCAGUCUCUCUCUCGUUGUGCUCGAGCGUUGUCGCGAUUGGUGCCGGCGCAUUGAACCGGCGGCUCCUCUUCUACAGCGUUGAAAACGACGUCUUUCACCCCCUCUCACAGUCGUGCCUUCUGACGUCAACGGGGUUUGCACCCAACUCGUGCUCGCGCGCCGAGUGGAGCUUGCUCGCGACGCCCGCUGCGUGGGUCGCUACGGGCAACCAGCUCGCGCACCUCAUCGAUGUCCCUCCUGCAUCCACGCUCUAUGUCACAACGUGCGUCGUCGGCUGCAACGACAAGCUGUCGGCGGCGUCGGUCCAGCUGCUCGUGGGCUACAAGAGUUAUCCUGAAUGCAACCCGACGCACGGCGGCCAACCCAUCGCCGGCAUGGUUCUUCUUGAAGGCGCCACUGUCGACAGUGUCUACCCCCACGGCGCGUACCUCUUGACGGUCUUUGCAGACGCGUCGAUGAACCGAACGACCAUGUUUGUCGACAGCAAUGAUAUCAAAACCAGUGUCGUUGACAAGAUCGAACGUGUCCUCGUCGGCGUCGAUGGGAGCUCGCAGGCGUAUGCGGAUGGCGCCAACGCCAUUGUGCACUCGACACCGCUCGGUGCGCACUAUGGUAUUGAAGCGUCGUGCACAGCGCAGAUCGUCGAUGUGUCGACAAAGGUGCAAGGCCAAGCAGGCUGGAGCUAUGGCAAGCAUUCGAAGAUCGCCGUCGUCACAGGCAAAGCGUGUGGACAUGUCGUCGCCAACGCGUUGGAGAUUGAAGUGUUGCUUGCGAUUUUGUUUGUUGUGACGCUCAUCGGGUGCUCGGCCGACAUCAUCACGACGCUCCAAGGCGUCCGCGGCGUCCUCCAGCAAAAACCAGUCCUCACCUACGACUUUAUUUCGAGCUUGGAGCGCCGACGAGGUCUCCACUUGGUCGGUAUGUGCAACAUGUACCCAGCGGCCAUCUAUCUUGAUGUCGGCCGGCUCUACGACGCGUCGUCGACGUACGGCGAGCUCGUGUGGUUUUGCGCCGUCGUCGUCGUCGCCAUGCUCUCAGCAUGGGUGUGGUCUAUGGCGUGUGCAAGCUUCGGCUCUUCAGCGGCAAGUGGCUCCUAG